ACCCUAAAUCCUUAAAGCAUUUUUACCAGUGGUAAUUUUGAAAUUAUUUGCAUUUUAAGCACAAAGUAAUCUGUUUGUGCCUCCCUUCUAGUGCUUCCUGCUUUGUAUUAUAGUACCACGCGGAGCCCUGGUGGCCCAAUGGUUAAGAGCUCAGCUGCUAACCAAAAGGUCGGCAGUUCGAAUCCACCAGCUGCUCCUGGGAACCCUUUGGGGCAGUUCUACCCAGGUCUAUAGGGUGACUAUGAGUCAGAAUCCACUUGAUGGCAAUAAGAUUUUUUGUUUUUUUAUUAUAGUAACUUAUCUCUUCCACUAAUAUAUGAAUCGUGACAUCCUUGAGGACUGUGACUUUCUUAGUCAUCUUUGAAUCCAUGCAGUGGAGAUAGCAGCCUUGCCACUCAAUAUAUAUCAAGUAAACAAAUAACUUUUAUUUACAUUAGCAUUGCUUAAAAUCCGGUUUUGAUUUUAUAUAAUGUAUUUUCCAGACACCAACUCUACAAAUACAGAUUCAAGUUCUUUUUACCAGCCACGGAGCACAGUUGAACAUUACACCAUAAAUACUUGGAAUACUCAAAGAAAGAAGCAACAACUCAGAAAAAGAAAUAUUCUUCACAAAAAGUAGAUACCCAAGAAUCCCAAAUUCAGAUGCUGAGAUCUUCUUAAGGGGUCUAUCGCCAAAGACUUUGGACAGGCUGGCUCCAAAACAAGGAAACCAGAAGGCAUUGAGCCACACUUUCCCAGUUCCUUCUAUCAACUUCAAGCCAGAAGUCAACUCUCCAGUUAAAGAUGAGAAUACCCUGAUGCUGCACUUCACCGAUGUUUGCUUAUUUUCUUGCUUCCAUUGUAACAGCAACACCUCAGGCUGAGCUACCUUCAUUGCAACCACAUUGCUCCACUUCAGGCAUUUCCUAUCCCUGAAGUGGGGAAGCAAAUAUGUCACUUGCUGGCAGUAAAAAUGGAAGUGAUAAGGAGGACAAGUUUGAAGAUGCCUAUGAAGUUAUCCCUGUAGCAACAACAAUGAAUUUAAUAUCUUCCCUGGAAGAAUGCACAACUGGAUUGUACUUAUUUCUAAAUAACAGAUUCUCAGAUGCCAUAAAUCUCAUUUAUCCAUGGUCUCAUAACAGCAUGUACCAUGCCCUAAUUUAUGAUAUCCUUAUGGUUGUCAAGGCCAUUCUGACUUUUGAGCCAUAUGAUAUACAGAUUGGAAUGACCACCACAAAGAAUGCUUUGAAAACCUGUAACAGUUUCCGAAGAAAAUCUAGGAUGACAUCUUUGGCUCGUAUAGUGACUAAACAGGGGAUAAAAGAUAUCCAGGAAGAGGAAUUGCAUGCAGAAAUCUGCUAUGCUGAGUGUUUGAUCUUGAAAUCUGCAGUAACAUUUAUACAGGAUGACACCCUGCUCGGUUUUCUCAAAAGCGGGAUUAACGUUGGGUUAAGUUACCAAAUAUACAAAGACUGUCAACAAGUAUUAAUACAGAUUUCUAACUACGAAAGCAAAGCCCACAAACACCUGGUUGGAGGAAUAAAAUUUGGACUUGGAGCAUUCAAUUUGAUGUUAUCACUUGUGCCACCAAAGACACUUAAAUUACUCAAUAUUGUUGGGUAUUUUGGUGAUAGGGAGGUAGGCUUGGCUUUGCUUCAUGAGAGUGCAUCUGAAAGCCAUAUAAAUAAUAUCUUAAGUGCUUUUACUCUACUCUUUUAUUACAAUUAUAUUUAUAUAGCUUUUGGUGUUGAAAAGGGUUACAAUUCUGCUAUAGAUGGUCUCUUCCUAACCUACCUUGAGAAAUUUCCAAACUGUGUCAUACUUAUAUUUUUCCAUGCACGUUUUAGAAUGCUGAAAGGACAUUUUGAAUUUGCACAGCUUAAAUUACGGAAGUGCAUUUUUGUUCAGAAUGAAUGGAAGCAGAUUCAUCACCUCUGUUACUGGGAACUCAUGUGGUGCCACAUUUUUCUGCAGGAGUGGAAGGAAGCUUACUACUAUGCCAGUCUACUGUCUCAACACAGCAGGUGGUCCAAGGCAAUCUAUAUGUACAGUAAGGCUAUAUUACUGGCCCUGCUUCCUUCUGAUUCAGUAAAUGAAGACAUGAACGCACUCUUUUUAAAAGUGGAUAGCCUGAGAAUAAAAAUUUUUGGAACUUCUGUGCCAAUAGAAAAGUUUGUUGCUGAGAAGGGUGAGCGCUAUGCUACUACUUCUGGCUGGUUUACAGCACAGCCUAUUCUGGAAUUCCUUUAUGCCUGGAGUGGUUUCCGAGUCAUGAGCAAAAGACUAGACCUUAUUUCAAGCUGGCUAUCACUAAUUGACAAAGGAGAAGACAUGUUAAAAGAAAAUCCAAGCAAAGAGUACGGCACGGACGAUAUAAGUUUGUUACAUUUACUGAAAGGCCUAUGUCUGAAACACUUAGGCAAAUAUUCGAGGGCCGAGCACUACUUUAAUCGUGUCAUUCAAAAGGAGAAGUUGUUAAAAUAUGAUCACUAUUUGGCGCCAUAUACUCACUAUGAACUGGGAAUCCUGUACUAUCUAAAAAGAGAUUAUGUCAGUGCAAUAAGGAGCCUAGACAAGAUUAAAAACUACAAAGACUAUGCCAUGGAAGCCCGAUUACAGUUUAGGGCUCACAUAGCCCUUGAACAAAUAGCCAAAGAAAAGUAAUUUAAGCAUGAAGUGUGGUUUAGUAUAGUAUGAAUGAAACAUCCACAAAAAGCAAGGUAACGAACGGGUAGAAAAAUCAUUUCUUUGUGGAAGAAAUCCAAGAAGAUGCAGUUGCUAAGAAUCUGACCAGUAAGUAACAAGGAAGAAAAGGAAUUGGCCAUUGCUUUUCCCUCUUUCCUCUUCCAUAGCUAUAAAAGGGAUAUCUUAGACUGGCAAAUGGAGUGAUGCAUAUUCUUGAAAAGGUAAAUGAUGAACAUUAUAAAAUAUACUCUCUGAUAUGUUAUGAAUUUAUCAAUUAUGUUACACAUUUUCAAAAACUUGAAACAUAUUUUUUAACAUCUCACUAAACAGUGUGUACAACUCCCAAAUAAUAUAGGGAAAGUAGCUACAUUAGGGAUCCCAGUGCCUUGUAAAUGUUUUUAAUUGUUUUUAAAAAAUGACUCCUAGUGUCUUACUUACAUUUCAAAACAACACAAUGAUGCACGGAAUAGCAUCAACUCUGGAUGAUUUUCCCUCACACGUAAUUGUUUUCAUCGGCCUUCUAUACCAAAGAGGAUUUUUUUUUUCCCUUUAUGUUCAGUAGACUAGUCUUUUUUCACUUUUUUUCAUUAGGAAGCUCAAAUAUGGGUUUAUAAUUUGCUACAGGAUAGACAAGAAAGGAGGGCCACCCCUCUGAACACACACAUAAACCCUUUGAGGAUAACUGGAGUAGGCCAAGGGAAUAGAUGCACUUGGGUAGAAGAAAAGAAAAGAUGAGUCUUCUGGAGGCAGAGUUGAGUUACCCUGUAAGAAUGCCUUCCCAAAGGUGUAAUUCCUAUUAAGACCAUUUCUUCAGCAUAAUUAAACUGCUUGCAUCUAUCCCGUUGCCAUCGUUAGUGGGCUAAUCUCAGAGCAAAUAGCAGCUGUAGGGAUGGAGCUUGGUUUUGUCUUACCUGUCUUAGGGAUAAAAUCUGUCCCUAAUUUCCAGAUCAUUAAGUC